AUGAUAAAAACGUCAGGGCUAAUUUUUACCAUCGCGUCCAGCAACGUCGCGUUAAUCCAGGUAUGCGUUGUACUUAUUGGAGACUCUGGAGUAGGCAAGAGUAACCUCCUGUCUCGUUUCACUCGCAAUGAGUUUAACUUGGAAAGCAAAAGCACCAUUGGAGUAGAGUUUGCAACAAGAAGCAUUCAAGUUGAUGGGAAGACAAUAAAGGCUCAGAUAUGGGACACAGCAGGGCAGGAGCGAUACCGAGCUAUAACAUCAGCGUACUAUCGCGGAGCUGUAGGGGCAUUAUUGGUGUAUGACAUUGCUAAGCACCUUACUUACGAGAAUGUAGAGCGAUGGUUGAAAGAGCUGAGAGACCAUGCUGACAGCAAUAUUGUAAUCAUGCUUGUGGGAAACAAGAGUGACUUGCGCCACCUGAGAGCAGUCCCUACAGAUGAGGCCAGAGCUUUUGCAGAGAAGAAUGGUUUGUCAUUUAUUGAGACGUCUGCUUUAGACUCUACAAAUGUGGAAGCAGCUUUCCAGACUAUUCUGACAGAGAUCUAUCGUAUUGUUUCCCAGAAGCAAAUGUCCGACAGACGUGAAAACGAUAUGUCUCCAAGCAACAACGUGGUUCCCAUUCAUGUCCCUCCAACCACUGAAAACAAACCAAAGAUGCAGUGCUGUCAGAAUAUAUAGAAUUGUUCACUCUUUCCUAAAAGGCUGUGUAUAUUCCCCAGGUCCAAGAUUUAAAUAUAUUUGUAAUUCUCGUGGUUACUUUCUUGUGUUUAGUUACUGCUUAUUCCUUCUGAAUUUCUCCAUGUCUUAACCACUUUGAUUUCAGUGUUUAUAAAUCUAUUGCUUCUAUGUGGCUGCAGUAUUUUCCCAACACCAACUUGUCGGUUUGGGUUCAGCAAAUUAUUUGGAUCUGAGCUGAUCUUUUUCCAACAGGAUGCCCGCUAGUCAGAGCACAGAUGCCUUCAGUGAGCAAUUGAAGAUGUUAUUCUGCUCCUUGCAAAACAAUUACUGUCAGGUUAACUAGGAAAAUAUCUCUGGGCAGGAUAAUCUUUCCUUGUCUUAAGGUGGUGUAUACUGCAUCUAAAGCUUGAUGAAAUGCCCGUUGCUCUGAAGUGCAAUUUUAAUGUAAGUUAAAUGUUUUUGGCUACAUCUUCAGAUUGUCAAGUUAAGGAUUUUUUAAUAGAAUAUUAUGGGGGAGAAAAGAGAAUUUCUUGCAAACAAGCAGCAGGGUUCUUGCUACCUGUGAAUGCGCUUUUGUGGUUUGGCACCUGCUGCAGAGGAGGUUGUGAGGUGAGGCAGAGCGGCUGGGAGGAUGCUGGUGGGCCCUCUUAUGAAGAAAGCAAACGCACAAGCUGCGUAACUGGUGACGGGUCACUCUGACACUGGAACCUGCAGCAUGGUUUUGUGCUGCCCGAGACUUGGCCUCUGCAGUGCGGGUGGUAUCAGGAUUUGAGGAUGCCUGUUUUCUUUCACAGUACACAGACUUGAAGGGUGUUGUCACGUAUUAUAUAUCACAUUUAUUAAUCCAUGCCACGUAUAUUAAUAUAUUCAAAUGCUUGAGUUGAUGAAUCAAUAACUUUCACAACCUGGUCUUAGUUUGCAGUUCCGUUUCAUCCAGUAUUUUUAAAUUAUUCCAGUAGUUUGGUGUAUGUUCUUUAACAAGAACAUCUGGAGUAGUUUUCUUGCUGGAUGCCUUCCUUCAGUGGCCUGUUGCUCUGUACAAAUCAUCUGUUUGAUUCGCUUGUUCAGGGAUACGUGAACGUGCCUUCUGUCACUGCACUCGCUGCAUCUCACCCCGUCUGUGCUGUUCCCAACACCUCAUUAAUGCUGAGAUUUGGAGGCUAUAUGCACUGAAUUUCCACGGUGUUUAAAAGAACUGUUCAUUGUAUAAAUGCCUGCAAUUCUUUAUACAAUUAUAGGGAAGGAAUUGAUUGCAGGGAAUGUUUCUCAAACUCUGAUAUGACCCGCUUGGAACAUCCAGAUCUGGGCAGGCGCUACCAGCUGCGUUUCGUACUCAACCUUUCUGUCUUGCGGUGCUCAUGAUGUGUAAGGCACACGGAAGGCAUUGCUGUAGUUGGUCAUUUGUUCUUUUUAAUCCAUUUCUCCUCCUAGUAUUAGUUCUGAAGAUGCUAUUUUGAUCUGUUUGUAAAUUACUUUGUAUUUUAUGCAUGUACUGUACCUUGAUUCAUUAUUUUUUUAGAUUGAUUUAAAAUAUAUUCAUCCAUGAUUCUAAUAAAGAAUUACAGGGGACGACUCA